UCAAAAUGCAAACUACCCGCCAAUGAAGUGGAUCCAUUCAUCAAUCCAAUCCGUCCGUUUUCUUUCGGUUUCAGUCGUUCAAUGCUAUCCGUUGGAAUCUUCUUUCCUUCAUUCUGACGGGAUCCCACCUUCCAAUUUAGUCAACGCAACGCCAUCAAUGUAAGAUAACGUCAAGCGGGAUCUUUUCCCUCUGCAAUGCCUGACCCUCGUACUUUGUUCACGUUCUUGUUGUUUCGAUAUUGCGGAAAGCUACAUUCUCAGAUCCGCCAUAGCCGAAACUACGUGACCUCUUCCUGAUUCGCAGGAGCUUCCAAUUCUUGAGGAAUCGCCCCGUGCAGCGUCUGUAUAUCCAGGAGUUAUGAGGGGUAAAAAGUACUUCGGAUAUUCUCUGUCUCUGAUCAUCAUCAACUUGGCUGCUAUAAUGGAGCGUGCAGAUGAAAAUCUCCUUCCAGCUGUUUGCAAAGAAGUCAGUGAGACUUUCAAUGUAGGGCUAUCUGAUCUAGGUUAUCUUACAUUUAUAAGGAACUUUGUCCAAGGAUUGUCAUCACCCCUGGCAGGGAUUUUAGUCAUAAACUAUGACCGGCCCACAGUUCUUACGUUAGGGAUAUUUUGCUGGGCUUUCUCAACUGCUGCAGUCGGUGCAAGCCAGUAUUUCAUGCAAAUUGCAUUUUGGCGAGCGCUGAAUGGUUUUGGAUUGGCAAUAGUAAUACCAGCUCUACAAUCGUUUAUUGCAGAUAGCUAUAAGGAUGAUGUAAGGGGCACCGGGUUUGGAUUUUUGUCUUUUAUUGGAAGUUUUGGGGGUAUCGGUGGAAGUGGUUUAGCGACGGUUAUGGCUGGCACAGAGUUCUGGGGAAUUCCUGGGUGGAGAUGUGCCUUCUUUCUAAUGUCAACAGUUAGUUCAUUAAUCGGCUUCCUCGUUUUCUUGUUUGUUGUUGACCCAAGGAAAACCACUAACUUUACUCAUGAUUCUAGUGAGAAUCUAGAAAGAGAUGCUUUGGUAGAGAGCGAAAGUAACACGAAAUCAACUUGGAUGGAGUCCUGGAAAGCAACAAAAGCUGUAUUAAUUGUGCAAACUUUUCAAGUAAUCGUAUUGCAGGGAAUCAUUGGUUCACUACCAUGGACGGCCAUGGUGUUCUUCACUAUGUGGUUUGAACUUAUAGGUUUUGAUCACAAUGGUGCGGCAGCUCUAUGUACCAUUUUCUUAGUUGGGUGUGCUGUAGGGUCUCUUCUUGGAGGUAUCAUAGCAGAUAGAUUAUCUCGAGUCCACCCCAAUUCUGGUCGUAUCAUGUGUGCACAAUUCAGUGCUUUUAUGGGUAUUCCUUUCUGCUGGUUUCUUCUCAGAGUGAUCCCACAGUCGGUCGACAGCUGGUUUGCCUACUCCGCCACCUUACUUCUGAUGGGCAUAACCAUCAGUUGGAAUGGCACUGCAGCGAAUGCCCCAAUGUUUGCUGAAGUGGUCCCAGCCAAGCACCGGACCAUGAUCUAUGCUUUCGAUCGUGCCUUCGAGUUAUCCUUAUCCUCUUUUGCAGCUCCACUGGCUGGGAUUCUUUCUGAGAAGAUGUUCGGCUAUGAUAAGAAGACUGUGGAUCCCGCUAAAGGAUCGGUAGAUGGAGCCUCCGCUCUAUCGAAGGGGCUUCUCUCGAUGACGGCAGUGCCAUUCGGUUUGUGUUGCUUGUGUUACACGCCACUGUACAGAAUGUUCAAGCGGGACAGGGAAAAUGCGAGAAUGGCGAGUUUGAAGGAGGAGAUGACGUGACCACAUACUUGUUUUCUCAGUAAAUCUAUUUAAUUCUUCUGCUUGCCAUCUCUGAAGUAUGAACUCAGUUUAUCAGCCUAACUUCGAUCGUCAAGGUAAGGAGGGUACUGCUCCCCUUGCAAAAGCAAACCCACUUGGGCCCUGUUUGAUUUUGGAGAAAUGUCCUAGGGAAUAUGUAAAUAACUUUUAGGUUAAAGGGAUUUUCCGAAAUGUAAAUAGCGUUUAGUGAAUUGUAAUUUUAAAAUACAUUGGGAA